AUGUUUUACCACGUGUAGUACGCGGGUCGGUCGUAUCGCAAACAGACCGGAAUUGAAAUUGUUGCUAACAUUCGUACAUUUCGCACCGGAUUACUGCAGCCACCGUCAUGUGCGCCAAGCUAAGCAAAAAGUCCGAUGCAAUACUGCGGCGGAAGGCAUCGUCGGCCGUCCAGAAACCGAAUCCGUUCGAAACGGUGGUGAUGAAAUCGAAACACGCCGUGCUCAACCGUGGCACACAAUCAAAGCAUCCCGGCAAGCUGCAGCGGAUAUCGAACGAGAAGCGCGAUCAAACGCUGGGCAAAGAGUUUGCGCUGCUGAACAAAACGAACCGCUUUCUGGAUGCGCGAACCAACGGCAAAUAUGCACGUGGUCCGUCGAAGAAGGCACAGGCGAAAGAAAUGUUCAACCUAAACCUAACGCACGGCGGGCGUACGAUGCACGAAAUCGAACGGUUCGAUGAUGUGCCGGAUGGGGUCGAUGAUGAUGAGGAUGAGGAUGGAGUGUUGCAAGAAACCUUCACGCGGGAAACGCAUUUCGGUGGCGGAUCGGAUGACGAGGGCGCUGGAAGGGAUCGGAAAACGGUCAUCGAAGAGAUGAUUGCCGAAAGCAAGCGACAGAAGACGGAACGCCAGCGGGAAAACGACGAACUGUACGAUAUGCGGCAGAAGCUAGAUGACGAGCUGGAGAAUUUGAUGCCACAGUUCAAUGAGCACAUACGGAAGGACAACGAACGGCCGAAACCGGACGAUUACGAUAGAGCGUUGCGUGAGAUGAUCUUUGAGCCGCGCGGCGUACCAACCGAGAAGCUGAAAGCGAUUGACGAGGCGGCCACUGAACAGAAGCGACGGGAGGUGCUGGAGCGCGAAAAGCAGGAACGAAUGCAGGCCGUACCGGCAGCGACGACGAGCGCCAAUCGACCAGUGUCGGCGGAUGCGUUGUGCGAUGACUACGCGGUAGAAGAUGUCGGUAACGAUGACGAUCCCGAUGAGGAAUAUGGGGAGGACAAUGGGACCGGUGAGAAUGAUGAUGAAGAGGAAGAGAAUGAAUCGGACGACGGUUCGGACGGUGAUGAUUCGGAUGGUAGUGAUGUGGAUAGUCUGUCGGAUCUGAAAGCAGCUACACAGCACGCCAGUGAGGAUGAGUCAGAAUCGGAAGCCGAGCCGGAAUCGGUGCCGGAAAAGGAAAUCGCCCCAAAAGUAAAGGCACCGGUAAAAACGGCCCCAAAGGAAGAGAAACCUGUGCUGCGUGUGGUGGACGUGCCGCGAGAGUACGAACAGUUUGCCGAGAUGCUUGAGGGUAAAAGUGUUAGCGAACGGAUCAACCUAGUAGCGAGCAUGGUGCACACGCUGAAACAGAAAACAUUUCUGCACAAAUCACGCUGGUCGGUACUGUUUGCGUACAUCCUCAACUAUGUGAGCGCUCGCUUUACGAGUGCCGCUUCGAUUGAGGAGGAUUUUCAAGCGUUAGACCAGCUAACUCCGCUGCUUCACGAUAUCGCGGCGACCGAUCCUUCCGGCAUUGGGCAAGUGUUCCAUAGUGUGCUGGAGGAAAAGUACAAUGACUACAAAAAUCGUCCUCGUCGAUAUCCGGAUCUGGCGACACUGGUGCUGCUGAAGUUGGUGCCACUGCUAUUCUCCGCUUCCGAUCGGAAACAUUCGAUCGUCACACCGGCAUUGGUAUUUACGGGAGAAAUACUUGCCCGCUGUCAGGUACGGAACCGGCGAGACAUUAGCCGUGGAUUGCUGCUCGUCACCACGGUGCUGGAGUGUGUGGAACAAUCCAAACGGUUUCUCCCAUCAGCGAUUGCGUUCUUAACCGGGGUGCUCGAUCAAGCUUGCCCUAAGGAUGCGUUACCGCCAAUCACCACCAUCGUCCAGCCGUUUAAACUAACCUCCAGUAUACUGCUAGCUGAAACGGAAAGUGACAUAAACGAGCCGGAAGUGCUGCAACUUACCGCACAGGAUCUUCUUCUCACGCAAAUAACUUCAUCGUUUAAGGUGCGUGCUGUCGCGUGCACCGUUUCGUUGGUGGGCGCACUAUGCAAGCAGCUCGAAAGCAUCGCAGCAGCAGCAACGAUCGCAAAGCAACUGCUACAACCACUAAACAGCAUACAGAAACGAUCCUAUCCUACGCCGGUGAUGGAACUGUUGCAGCAAACCAACGCCACGCUAACGGAGCUCUCGCGCCGAUCGUUACCCUACCUGGUGCAGGCGGAAAAGAAACCGAAACCGUUGCGUUUGCUCGAACCGAAAAUCAAUCCCGUCUACGAGGAUAUCCGGCGACGGCCAAAGACGGCAAUACCGAUCCGAGAACAGCGGCGCAAGAUUCAGCAGAAGAUCAAGAAGGUAACGCGCGGUGCGAAACGCGAAAUCCGGCUCGAUAAUGAGUACAUCGCGAAGCUGCAGCACAAGCGGCGCAUGGAGAGCGACCGGGAACGGCAACAGAAGGUACGCCAGAUAUUUAGCCAUGCUUCGUCGCAGCAGGCCGAAUGGAAUUCGCUCGACAGGAGAGCAAAGUAUCGUAAGUAGAUUGCGUCUUGGAUGGUCGAUUCUGUACUGCGGUACAGAAGUUUUAAGCAUUAGGGUAGCUUAAAGUGCAUUUGAAUACAGUGCUGAGUUAUUGAUAAAAAACAGAUUAGCGCUUAAGCAUCAGUCUGGACGGAAGAGAAACUUAGGAAGAAAAUGUGUCACCAUCUAUUGUAAAAUUACGUUGAAAAAGGAAUAAAUUGCGUUGUUGAAAAGAAA